AUGAAUAAUGAAAACAAAUCUACAGCAACGACGAAUCAAAACGAUAAAAAUAAUCAAGAUUUCAAAUACAGUCUUAGUCUUUCCUAUGUUCCAGAUUUGGAAGUCCUUAAAAGAAAGCUUGAAACAGACUUAAAAAUUGAAUUAUACUUUUCAUACUCAGCUAAAAUACAAUCCUAUUUUAAUCGAACUUUAAAACCACCUUCAAAACCUGUUAUUUAUCAAAUACCUUGUUCAUGUGAAAAAGCUUAUGUCGGACAGACAAAAGUCGGAGCUGAAAAUAGAAUGAAACAACAUUUUAAAUUAAUCAGCAAUGAUGAAGAUACAAAAUCUGACAUGGUACAAUAUUAUCAAGCAACAAAAUAG